AUGGCCUCGUUCGCGUCCCUCCCUAGAGCCCGUGUGGAUCCGAUGUUAAUGUUAAUGGAAAAGGUUAAGCAGGACACUCAUCAGCACAAGGUAGAUCUCGGCGUCGGUGUCUAUCGUGACGAGCAAGGAAGCUAUUAUGAGUUUCCAGCGAUUAGGAAGCCAUUCGUGAAACUUGCGGCACAGUUCAUGUUUGGGCAUUCUUUUGAGCUUGAGCGGGUAGCCUCCGUCCAAACGGUUGCGGGAACUGGCGCUAACAGGAUUGGAGCAAGCUUUCUGAGGGCUCACUAUGCGAAGGGUAACGAGGCUACUAAAGCAUUUGUCGGCGUUCCGACUUGGGGAAAUUAUUUGCCUUUGCUUGCCCAUGCUGGAAUUUCCACUGCGACCUAUCGGUAUUACGAUGAAAGCACUCAUGAGGUGGAUUUUAUCAGUAUUCUUGGAACUGCGAAGAAUGCACCACUCCAUUCAAUUUUCGUAUUCCAGGGGUGUUGCAAUAACCCCACUGGUGCGGAUAUGACAAAGGAGCAAUGGAAGGCCCUGUCAGAAGUUAUUAAAAGCCGAAGCCAUUUUAUCUUCUUCGACAUGGCAUACCAAGGCCUCGGCACGACGAAGCCUGACGAUGGAUGGGAGGAUGCCUGGGCGAACUUGCAUGUUGUAUGUGCCAGUGCUGAUGUCGCUGAUCUUGUGCGAGACGUGUUAGGGUGCCUCAUGAGAUGGGAAAUUUCGACUGCCCCGGCGUAUGGGGCAAGGCUUGCCGAGAUUAUUCUUCAAACCCCGGAGCUCCGGGAGCAAUGGAAGCAGGAGCUGAGCGAGGCCGCUGCUCGGCUGGCGAAAAACCGGGAAAACCUUUAUCGAGAGCUUACUACUGUUUGCAAUACCCCCGGUAACUGGGACCACAUCCUGCAAGAUAAAGGGCUAUUCUCCUUACUUGGUCUUUCUGAGCGGCAGGUGGACAUGCUGAUCGCACGGUAUCAUAUAUAUCUCCCGAGAAACGGUCGUAUUAACGUUGCUGGCUUGAACGACUCCAAUGUUCAUGCUGUCGCUAGGGGCAUUGACAAUGUUGUUAGAGACUGUUCCAACCCACUGAUGGAGGAAAUCUAA